CCAAAAUAAUAAAAACACUAGAAUCGGCUUUUUAAAAAAAAUAAUUUUAACGGUGCUGUCUGCGAGAGUGAGUACAAGCGCUAAAUAUGCCAGAAAAAUGGCCACGGCACAGUCAACACUGAUGUUCGCAGUGUGCAUCGUGAUGAUAACUGAACUCAUACUGGCCAGAAAGGACUACUAUGACAUCCUCGGUGUGCCAAAAGAUGCUUCUGAACGUCAGAUCAAAAAAGCUUUUCACAAGCUUGCCAUGAAAUAUCACCCAGACAAGAACAAGAGCCCCGAUGCUGAAACCAAAUUUAGAGAGAUUGCAGAAGCAUAUGAAACGCUAUCAGAUGAGAAAAGAAGGCGAGAUUAUGACCAAUCAGGAUACAAUACGUUCAGCCAUGAAGAUAUGAACAGAGGAGGAGGGCAGCGUUUUCAUCAUUCCUUUGAUUUUAACUAUGACGACAUGUUCAGAGACUUUGACAUAUAUAACCAAAACAGGCAUGCUCGCCCAAAACGGCACUUUGAUGAGCACUUCAGGGCCCACCAGCAAGCACACAACCGCCAUAAGAAACAUUUCCAGGGUACUUUUGAUUCCGGAGUCUUGGAGGACAUGUUUGAAGACCUGGAGAAGAUGUUUGCAUUUGACCGACACAUGAAAAGGACUGAGAGCAGGUUUCAGGGCACAGCCAAACAGCACUGCAGAACGGUGACGCAGCGGAGAGGAAACAUGGUCACCACGUACACCGACUGCACCUCAUCAUGAACAUCAGAGUGGGCCACAGAUUGGACCAUCACACCUUUAUUUUUAUGCCUGUCUGAUAUAGAUGGAGUUCUCAAUUUGCUGCUGUGAUAAGUGGGGUUUGAUUUUACAUGUGACUGAUCUGUUAUUUAUGAUGAGAAUGGGUGCAUUUGUUUCCAGCGGUUUGACUGAGAUUUAUAAUUGACACUAUGUUGGGUAGUGGCCUCUUAAAGGAACAGUUCGCCUCAAUAUGAAAAUUAGAAAUUUACUCACCCUAGGGCCAUACAAGAAAUGGAUGAGUUUGUUUAUUUAUUCAUCGGAACAUAUUUGGAGUGAUUUGGCAUAACGUCACAUGCUCACCAGUGGAUCCUCUGCAGUGAAUGGGUGCCGUCAGAACGAGAGUCCAAACAGCUAAUAAAAACAUCACAAUAAUCCACAAGUAGCAACUCCAGUCCAUCAAUUAAUGUCCUGUUAAAUGUCUCUGUGUUUUUAAGAAACAAAUCCAUCUUUAAAGCGUUUCAACUUUAAACUGACACUUCUGGCCAAUAUAGUCUAUGAACCAUAUUAUUGUUUCCUCCAGUAAAAAAAAAAGUCCAUCCCCUGUUGUCCUCUCACAUCAAAAUCCACUGACAUACUUGUCUAAAAUUGUUUUGGCUUGUAAACCAUUGCAUUUUUCUCCUCACUCAGACUAAAUGAAGUUUUCACUUGAAAAAGCAAUAUUAUAAACAGGACUUUUAUAGUUAAACAACUGUUUGAAAUUAAAAGGUCUUCUUGAUAGAUUUGUUUCUUACAAAAAUGCAGCUUUUCAUUCCACAAGACGUUAAUUGUUGGUCUGGAGUUGUGAACUGGGGUGUACAUUGUGAUGCUCUUUAUUGAUCUUCUAUUCUGACGGCACCCAUUCACUGCAGAAAUGUAAAAUUUCAGCAUAUUUAGAAUUUUUUUUUUUUUUGUAUGAUCUGUUCCUUUAUUAACCUCAGAGUCCAGUUUUAGGUUUUUGAUGAGUUUGUUUUCAUCCCUGAAAUACAAAAAAAAUUUGAUGAAAACAUCAGACAGACGGUUUAGCUCUUCCAUUAUGUUCUCUACUUAUCCAAGGAUGCAUAUUUUGUUGCAGUGUUGGUGCAGCUGAAGUCUCAUGGUAUGAGUCUUUGGGAUUCACAUCUUCAUGAACUUCUUGUCUCUUAUUUUUAUGUGAAGCUUAACAAAUGUUUGCUGCAUUGCCGUGAAUAAUAUAGUUCAUUAUACUGAAGUAGUUUCUUUCAAACUCACACUUAUUAGAUAGAGAGGUGCCUUUCCCACAGAUUGGAGCACUUUUAUGACCUUUUGUAUUAUAGUUUGCAUGGAUGAGAGAAAGUAGGUCUCCGUUUUUGUCAUUGGACAUCAGUCACCUGAUUGGGUUUGUAAACCGCUAUUGUUUUAGAAAUGUACAACAAGAUUAACAUUAUUCUUAACGCCAAAGUGUAUUUUGGCUGAACAUUUUAUAUGUUUGUAAAAAAACAUAAGAGUUCAUUGUUUUUAUAUGGCAGUGUUACCCCCCCCCCCCAAAAAAAAAAGAAUACAAAGACAAGGGGAUUGUACCAAUUUAGCAUUUGCCUGACAAUGUUUUUUGUAAAUACAAUGUAUAACCUAGAUGUGUUCCUGUAUGUCUUCAUCUGUGACCUGUUUUGUUGAAUAACCCUGUGUGUGUGCAAUAUUUAAAAGCCGCUCUCGUGUUUUAACUGUUACCCGCGGACAUAUUUGUUAUGAAAUGAGUCUCGGUAGACUCAUCUGGCACCUUCUUUAUUGUAAUCCCAUGGAUGAAAAGUAUAUCAGAAAAUAAGCUGUUUGAACCCAGAUCUAUGUAUACUUGGGUUGACAAUAAAUAGUGUUGAAAACUA